AUGGCUGACGCAGGCUUCAGCUUUGACUAUGGCUUUGUCAAUGGCAAAGUUUCGCUGUAUUGCGGACGUGAUGUGGGCUCAAUACAGCUGAGCACGGGCCUCCACUACAGCAAGAUGCCAAAUGCCGGCCAGAUAUCUUGCCCACGCUGCCAAUGGAAGGUGUUCACCCUUAGGGCUCUCUUCAGGCACCUGUGCUCAUCACAUAGUCAUGAGAAGAACUGGGUGUGUGGCCUGCAGGGAUGUGUCAAGACAUAUCAGUCAUAUUUCAGAUACCGACAACAUGUCACUGCAAAACAUGGGGAUUUGCUGGGACACUUUGAUUCACGAGCAUCCAGUGAGCAAGGCACUGAAAAUGAAGGUGGCGAAGAAGGUGGUCAGCCCAUGGCUGAUGCACAGGAUGCACAGCUGAACAUAGAUGAAGGAGAAGCAGUCAGUCCCUCAAGGAGCCCUGAGGCAAGAGAAGAAUUGUCUCAGACCACACCAGACUCUACAAAGCGUUUUGCGCUACUGCUUCUAAAAUGGAAAGAAGAGAUGAGGUUGCCUGAAUCAACCUUGAACGAAGUGGCAAAUGACAUAACUUUGUACCUAGAGGAGUUGGCCCAGCAAGCUUCAGAUACGCCCGAUGGAGGAACACUUGAAAACACUGUGAAGCAACUACCCAUGUUGCAGACAAAAUACGGUCGGGAACAGUACUGGAAGGGUACACUGCCAUUCGUUCAGCCGUCAACAAUUUGCUUGGAAAACAAACCAGACGGGAAGACUAUUUCUUUCCACUACAUCAGCCUACUAAGAGUAUUGAAGAUGUACCUGGAGUGCCCACAGGUUCCAGACAUAUGUGAACAACAAGGAAGAGAGGGAUGCUUGACCACAGUGUUUGAUGGCACAGCAUUCCAAAAUCAUAAAUACUUUCAAGGUGACAAAAAGAAGCUGUGUAUACAGCUUUAUACCGAUGAGUUCGAACCAUGUGAUCCCUUGGGUGCAAAGCGUGGCAAACACAAAUUGAUGGUUGUGUAUUAUUCCGUCCUUAACGUGCCCCUUGAGCUGCGGUCUCGUCUCCAACACAUGCAUCUGGCAUUAAUUGUAAAGGACAAAUUAGUGGAACAGUAUGGACUGCGCCGCAUUCUACAACCACUUCUUGAGGACGUACGACAGUUGGAAACAGAAGGCAUUGUUGUCAAUUCAGUGAAGUACACCGGGUCAGUGCUGUGUGUCACAGGGGACAAUUUGUCAAGUCAUCGCCUUGGAGGAUUUGCCACCAACUUCAGUCAUGGCCGUAUAUGUCGAUUCUGCAUGGCUCUGCGCCAUGAAAUUUCCAUCAAGCACAAAGAACAAGACUUCGUCAUGCGCUCUCCGGAAGGACAGCGCUACCACGUGAACAUGCUUGAAAACGGGCUGCCAGCUUUGUCGUUGUAUGGAGUGAAGGCGUCGUGUGCAAUGGAACUUGAGGGAUUUGAACCUACUGAACAUCUGCCUCCCGACGUGAUGCAUGAUGUUCAUGAAGGCGUUAUACCUUUUCUUCUCAAACAUGUUCUGACUAAGCUUGUGUCAGACAGAUAUUUCUCUCUGGACACUCUAAAUGACUGCAUUGAGAAGUUUCCUUAUGACCCGUGUCACAGGAAAAACAAACCCGAGAUUGUAGACCGUGCUGCACUGACGACCAAAGGUACACUAAAAGGAAGUGCAUCCCAAAAAUUCUGUCUUUUCCGGAAUGUGGCCCUGUACAUUGGAGAAUGUAUACCUUCAGAAAACAGUGUCUGGAAACUCUACUUGAUCUUCAGAGAAAUUGUCGACAUCAUCAUGUGCAGAGAUUUGCCAUCUGAGUACGUGCCUUACCUCCAUCGUCGAAUUGAGUUUUUUUCGGCAAGAGUUUAA